UUCGCCUGUUCUGCGACGACGCCCAAACUGGUCCUCUCGUCACUCAGCAAGCGUGUCAAUUGCCCAACGAUCAUUCACCUGCCAUUCCUCCUCGUCCGUUGCGUCCUCGCUCGACGAGCUUUCAGUCUUUACCGUCGAUUGUUCUUCCUCGCAACUCGUGCUGGCGGCCUGGUGCCGUCUCACGUCUUUAAUACUCGAUCGUACAACCAAAAUGUCGAACUCCAAGCACAAGUAUGACUGGGACAAUUACCUUCCCAAGAUGAUCUCUCUGUAUCUUACUGGAAUGUCAAUUCCAGAAAUAUGGAGAGCAAUUCAAGACGAGUCAACACGUUUCACCCCAGGGCAAAGUAUAGUAUAUCAGAAGCUCAGAGCUGAGGGCUAUCCUACCGACAAGAAUCAACGGGCAAGGUUUUUGGAAGCACACGAGCUUUCAAGACAAGCCGGCUUUGGAGUCGGUGCUAGCAGCUCAGGGCAUCGGCCAAUGCACCUUGCAUCCUUCCCAGAGCAAAACAACAACGACUACAACGUCGCUCUCUGUCCUUCGACAAGCAAUCUUUACUCUUCAGGUCCGCAGCAAACACCAAUAACUAGCGGCACGGUAGACCCAAGUAUAUUGGAGUAUUUACACACUUCAAAUGUCCCAGGUGACGUGGGACAUUCAGACAGUUUCAGGGCUCAGGACGAAUCCGCAUUUGCCAAUAUUUCAAGUGGUCUGGAAUUCGUUGCCUCGUCUGACACACCUCCCCAUUGGACUGCAAAACUACCAGUGGUUCAACGUCAAGAAAGCUUCGGCGUUGGCCCCAGCACGUUUCUUGAGGAGACCCAAUCCGCUCAAAUAGCCCCAAAUCCGAGUACAGACUCCACUUCAUUCGACACCCAAGAGUGGUUCGACAAUAGCACUCUCUCUGGCUACCACGAACAAGACCAAUACACAUAUUCCUGGGAACAAGAUCCACUUGACGGUUAUCAGGACAAUGAUUCAUCUACUACAAUCAAAUGUCAAAAUGUGCCUCGGCUGCUACGGUUAACAGAGGCAAACGGGAAAGUGGGAGAAGAUGGUCUAGGAGAAUUAGCCUCGACGCCUCAGCAUUCUUCAACUGACUUCGAAACUCAACCAGGGUUCAGCCCUCAUAGUCUGUCGGAAGGACAUGAUACAUCCAUGUCUACAGCUAUUGGGGGUGACGAUGUCCAUAUGAGCACGGUAGCCGACUCAUCUGAUUUGGAUCCGGUUGCCAGCACAAUUCAGACCGGCACUCCUAAUAACCAUGGCUUCAGGAAUACUCCUUCCCCGACAGACAAAUACAGCCUCGGUGAACGCAUGUUCGCUUGGGUCAGCCCAAAAGCUAAGUCUGGCCUGAUGAACAUGCUCAAGCGCGACUCGGGGUAUGCGAGUGGGAGAAACUCUCCGUUGGCCCCAAGCGUGGAUGACACCAGACCUGACCCAUCAUCUUUGCUCGAGUUCAAAGGAUUAUACCGGGUUCCUUGCAAGUGGCUCCAUCAACCGAAGCCAAUAGUUACGUUCUACAUCCCAGAUUCAAAAGCCAUGGAGCGCUUCAAAGAGACUCCUACUUGUUCGCAAUGCCUCUAUUCCAGCGUCCACAACUUGAGUUGGUCUGCACAAUAUCUCGGUCUUGCGGUUUUCAAGGCCGAGCUAAUGCUUGACACGAAAUACAAUAUUGCAGCUCUCGAUAAGGUUGGGAAUUCUGCCCUUCAUUAUGCUGCUGCAGGUGGCGCCGGGAUUGAACACUUCGCUGCCUUGAUUCAGGCGGGGGUCAAUCCUUGGCAAAUAAAUACGGCCGGGCAGCUUUUCCUUCAUUGCUUGCGGCCCCAUAUUAGAGAAAUUGGCUCCGAAGGUUUUGACGAUAACCUUGUCGCCAUGUUCCACGCAGGCUUGAUUGAUCUUUUGAAUUCUUUCCAACCAAAGGGUGCCUUCAGAUGGCGAGACAAUGAGGGGAGGACAGUCCUAGAUGCCCUCGCAUCUAACAUCAAGGAUACAGAGAUAAGAACUCAGACAUUUCGUCAUAUCAGAGAUGCAGGCUACCCAUUGGAGGUUUCGAGUCAAUAUCCCACGAAAAAAUCGUCGAGAGCUCAAUCUGACAAACCCUCCCCGACAACUGACGUCAAUUUCAUUGCUAAGCAGGAUAGACAACAAAAGGCACAUGAUAUUCUUAGACAUGCAUCGAUGGAGCCAUCAUAUAUCGAUCCGGACACUGGAGAUAACGUUCUUCACGCACUUGCUAGGCUGAAGCCGGGGGGUUCACUCAUAUCCAAAAUCCAAGAAUUCGUCUUGAAGGAUAUUGAUCUAAAUCUGCACAAUCGAGAUCGAGAUUGCCCUCUAGCAGCCUUUGUCAGCGAGCGUCCCUUUCUUGGAGAACAUAACGAUGAAACAGGUGCGACGAUGUCAAAAUACCUCGAUGCAUUGCUUUGGAGCGAUGCUCGUCACAGGAUCCCGAACAGAAUCAACGUCAAUAUGCGGAAUCGCGAAGGAGUUUCUGCUCUUUACUAUGCUGCUAUUCGUGCCCGGCCUGAUUCUGUCAGGAGUCUUAUUGAAGCAGGAGCCAAUGUCAAUGUUCGACAGGAUGUCGAUGGACACAAGAUCAGCAUCCUUCAAGCGACCAUGAACGCCAAAACUCAGGCCGUACUCAACAAGAAUGAGCUGAACAUCAAGGAUUUUGAAAAUGUGAUCUCGUAUCUCGAGCACGAGAAUGCCGUUGCUGAGCCGAGUCUCUAUGAAGAGCGAGCAGUAUGUGAGAAUUCGGUGAGGGUCAUGCCUAUGUGAGACGAUGACAUAUGGUGUUCAAAAGUUUGUAUGAUGUUUUUGACGGGUUUUUCAUGAUUGUGUUUUGGGGGGUUUGUAAGAUUUGGGA